UUCUUUUCAUAUAAUUUCAGAUUUCUGUAUCCGGUGACAGUGUAGAUCUGCGUAAGGACCACCCAACUCUUCGGUGGCGUUUUAAUUAACGGAAAAAACACCCUACGGCUCAGUCUACAGGACCAGGCAACUUUCCCGAACAUUCUUUCAUUUCACAAGGGACCAAAGGGUUCUAGUUGCUUUGUGAUACGACUUUCAUCCUGCCUUCAGCGAUCAGCUAAUUAGGCUAGCAGACGAAGGAAAACCCGAAUCCGGCUCGAUUUUCAUCGCUCUAAGGCGGGAAAAAGUAUUUUAAGAGUGAAAAGCGAACUGGUUAUUUUUAGCACUUUUACAGGGGAUUAUAAAGAAGGAAAAAUAACUCUUGUUCAAUCAAGUAAGGUUUGAGCAAGGUUCUAAUUGUCUGCCCCUUAGCCGUUCGACGACGAGUACGAGUGCUCUCCCCUCCGCCCCUUUCUACGUUACCCUAGCAACCAGAGGAAGCCGCCGCCAUGACGACCUGUUGCUCCGUGCUGGGUCUCAUCUUCCUGGUCAUCACUAACCUGACCAUCAUCAUCGCCUUUGCCACGCCCUAUUGGGUCGAGUUUGGCUCUGGCAGCAGCAACCAGGGACUGUGGGCCUAUUGCAGGUCAGACCAGUGCACCUGGGUCUUUGAGGAUCACUACAAGAUCCUCUCUCCCAUGAAGGUCAGCGAAGGUUGGCUCUGGGCGUGGCUGCGGUGGUGUUCGGCGUGUGCGCCAACAAGUACUACUCGGUGCUCCUCGAGGCCACCCUCCUGAGCGGCAAGCAGUUCGGUUGGUCCUUCUGGUUGAAUGCAGCCGCUUCUGGACUCGCUCUCCUCACCUCCUUCAUCUACAUCAUCGAAGGUCGCGGCAAGAGCGCUUAAUCAACGGAGGUCGCGUGCGGUGGCAGAAAAAAGAAAAGCCGGCCGUCUAAAUAUAGCGUAGGAUAAUAGUACGAUACGAUGAUGGCUCUGUAUUUGGGUCGGUCAAUCAAGUCUGAUCAUGAUUGUGUUGUUGGAACUUUGAGGGUUUGUCUGCUGAAGAUAAUUAUUAUGAUGUGGGUUUUUUUUAUGUGGCCUACAAUGUUAAAGACCUACCUACCUCCGAGGUCAUUCUGUAAGACACAGCCGUAGCAGAUGAAAGAGGGAGAAGAAGAAUAGUCAGAAGAACAAUAAUGACAAGAACUAGACAAGGAGGGAAAAAAACGAAGGAUGAAAAGAAGAAGGAGAAAAAGAGGAGAAAAAGAAGAAGCAGAGAAACAGGGAAAGUAUCAUGAGGCGAUGAAAGGCGAUAUCUCCCUUAGAGUUCUGAGGUCACUCAUUCACACUAUCAUUAUACUUAAAAAGCUAUUAUUUAUUUCUUGGAUUGUUUUUCCAAGCAACUUGUUUUCCAUUGUUUUAUUACUUGAGUUUUGCAUCCUCCUUUCAAAAUAAGUUGUAAUCUCGAUCUUUUUUUUCUUCAUGUUUUUGUUACUUCACAUAAAGGAGCUGAUGUAUUAGAAGUGACUCGGACAACACUCUCUGACAAAAAUGCCAGUGAAGGUUUGUUUCACUUCUGCGCUAUAAUUCUCUUGUCUUCAACCGAAGCAAAUAAAAAAAAUUUUAAGUUAGAUGGCAAGCAAAAAGCAAAUCAGAAAGUUGUUAUUUUGUUCACUUUUUUUGUUCAUUCAAUACUGUUUUCAUCUUGUUUUUCAUAUAAUAUAUAUUAUUAUGUUUUAUUUUUUUCUUGAUCUCUAAAUUUGUAAACGAACAAAAUGUGUUUUCUGCGGUGUUUUCUGGGUUUUCGUUACCACAAGAGAAGUACAGAAAAGUCCGAUCUGUACUCCGCCCUGUUAGCGAGACAAAAAAAAGUAUGCUUGUAGGAAUACAGAGCAAAAUUGUAUCAUUUUUUUGUACAAUUGAUUUGAAAAAUAUUUUUUCAAAGAAUCAUGGGUACUGUCUGUAAUCAAGCUUUUCUGUUUUCAUGUGAAUUUAUUUCUGAUAUCAAAAGUUUGGUUUUCUUUCUGAUUUCAAAAGUGUGUUAUAAUUAAUAUAAUGGCAAAAUAUAAUUUCAAAAGAGGUAAUCUUCUGUAUUAUUGUCUGUUUUGGUUUGAAUUCAUUACAGCCCUGCAGUUGACAAAGAGCUUUCUUAAACUCUGGUUCUAAGAAGGCUACUCAAAAGCAAAAAAUGUUUCAUCCCGUACUCAGAACAGCAAAGCAAAGCAAGACUCAUUAACUCUGGCAUUCAUCUUGUAUCAGACUUAAUCAAGAUUUCGAUUAUCAGAUUUCUUUUCCUGCAGACUUUCCUCAUUGAUAUAUUUACAGAUGUUUUCAUAUUGGGCUUUUUACUUUCAAAUUUCUAUGAAUAAGUCAAAAUGAAAUUCUUGGAGUUUGGCGUGCGGGUUUGACAUAGAAGUUAAAUUUGUUAUUGUUGUUUCUUUGUUUUGUUUUUUAAAGAAGCGUUUAGAAGGAUUUAUUAAAAUUUGAAUGACUACAAAUCUUUGUUUUACAUUCUCGUUCUUAAUAACAAAACAAAAAAAAACUAACAGGUUAAAAGAUGAAAUCAGUUUUGAAACUGUUAACAAAAACUAUACGGAAGUAAAAAUUGAUGAAAGAAAGAAAAUAGGUCGUUGUAUAAAAAUGCUCUUCCUUUUUGUUUCAAGAAUACUUGAUACUGACAAUGCACUAUCCUAGUUCACAAACUUUUAUUGUUGUUGUUUUGAUUAAUCUUGUUCUUGAAACAGAUAUUUUUGUUUGUGUUCUCCAUCAAAAAAACGAAAAAUAAUACUCAUUUGAGAUUGAACCAGUUCGCAAUAUUCCAGAGCAAAGAUUUUCUUUGGCAAAGAUAAAGAGGAUUUGUAACUCCUGAAACAAGCUUGUUUUUUAGAAAACAUGGCGAUAAUUUAGUACAGUACAGAAAGUAAAGUUCAGAAAGAUGAUAUGUGUGCAGUUAAAUGUGAUGACAUCAAAAAGAAAGGAGAAGAUGAAAUGAUAAUAGAACAAGGAGAAGAGGAGGAUAUCAAAAGAGGAAAAGAAUAGAUCACUG